AUAGGAAAUAGUAGGAACAAUAACAAAAAAAAUUGUCAAAAUAUCUAAGAAUAUUUAUGAAUUUAAAAUUGCAAAAUAAGGAAAAGAUAAAAAAGAUUUUUGUCUCGUUCUUUAUUUUUCACUCUUAUUCUUUUUUAAAAAGAAAAUUUCAUUAGAACGAAACCAGACGUUCAAUUAUUAUAGAGUUUAAAGGCCAUAUAUUAACCUUCCAUAUUUAUUGAUAAAAGGAAGCGAAUACAUUCAUUCAAGGCAAUUUAUUCACAAAUUUUAAAAGAACUUUGAAGUGUGUUGCAAACCAGAUAAUUAAAGCUUAUAUGAGGCAUUUAAAAUUUAAUCAAUUAUAAUAACUGAUAUGCGACUACUUCAACCAUUAUUAUUAGGAGCAUCAUAUAUUUGUUUAUUUCGAUCGAAAAGUUUUAGUAUACUAGGAUCAACUGUUGGUAUAGGAACAACGCAAAUCAAUAAAAUGUCAGACUCGACAAAAUCUCAGACAGAAAAUGAAAUUAAAUAUGAAUCUGGUGCAGCUAGUGUUGCUUUUGUUACCACACCAAAUGAAAACACAGCAAAGAAACUAGCACAUUUAUUAGUUGAACAAAAAUUAGCUGCAUGUGUUAAUAUUAUACCAAAUUUAACAUCAGUAUACGUAUGGGAAGGAAAAAUUAAUGAAGAUCAAGAAUAUUUAGUGAUGAUAAAAACAAAAACUAGCCGUAUCGAAGAAUUAACUAAAAUGGUAAGAGACAAUCACCCAUAUAGCGUAGCUGAAGUUAUAACUUUACCAAUAGAUAAUGGAAAUUCACCAUAUUUGGAUUGGGUUUUGAAAAGUGUACCAAAUAAAAGUUAAUUUUUUUUUAUAUGAAUGUUGAAAAUAAUAUUUUAUGCUUUAAAGACUUGAAA